GCGAAAGAAAAGACGCUUUCUAUCGACGAAGACUUGCUGCCGAUCCCACACGGCUUGCUGUGCGUGAUUUGCAGGGACCCUUUCAAGGAUCCCGUCUUCACCGAAGAUGGUCACUCAUACUGUCGUGGAUGCAUCUUGGGUUGGUUCGGGGCUCAUGAUUCCAGGGUUCGCGAAUUCUACGAAGUGCCGGCAAACAUUGCGCCUCACAGCAGGAAGAUGCCGCCAACACUUCUCGCUCCCAUGACGCAGCUUCCGUUGACCAGCCGCACACUGCAGCCAAACAUCGCAUUGAAGCAGGCAGUGGAGGCCUUCCGGUCCGAGCGACCGGCUGAGGAGGCACGUGAGCGGGAGCGUCGCCAGCUACUGCAGAAGGUCGAGGAAGCCAAAGCUGCCGAGGGGGACCUCAAGUCAAACUUCAAUCAGGAGUUGGAAGCUCUUCAUGGCAAAAUGCAGGAUCUGCAGGAUCAGCUCGGGCAGGCGAACGUCGAUCUCCAAGCAGCUAAGGAGGAGGCGGUGAAACUUCAGGAGAAGGCAGAGGUCUGUGCAGGAGAUGAUUUCGAUGAGUUGGAAUAUGAACUUGCGCAGCUGGAAUCAGAGUUCGAGAAGGAGAGCACAGAGGAUCUGGGACUCAUUCGACUUCCGUACCACACGGAGAUUCCUGGCCAAAGGCCGUCCAUCGAACGAUCUGAAGGUCUUGGAGCUUGUGCCAUGUUCUAUCAGAGAACUCUGUCCACACCUGGUUUGCUCUUCAAGCAGACCUACCACCGGAGGCAGUGCUCCGAUCGGAUGCCGAGCUGCGCAACAGAAACCGACUUCAUCAGUGCCAUGAAGACAGAAGAGCAGUCCUUGGUACCUGGAUCUUCGAGCAACGCCGAGACGCCGGCGACUCCAGCCGGCCAGCUAGCGCCACUCGCGCCAGCUGGCAAGGCCCCGAAGAGACGCCAGGCCUCCUGCCGCGUCAGCUGGGCGCAGUUCCGGGCAUCGAAGCUCCCACAAAUCAAGGCCGACCUGGAGCGCCAGUGGGAGAUGCUGAUGGCAGAUGCUGAGGCCAGAGACCUCCUGACGAUGCGUUACGACUCCGCGUCUCCACAUGCAGCGCUUGCUCAGUUUCGCGAGGAGCUCGACCGUAUGAUCGUGGAAAGGACCCAAACUCUGGAGCGAGGGGCAGCGGCCUCUGGGCCUGCGACACGCGCUCCCAGGUCUGUCGCUCAAAUCUCUCUUCUCAAGAUCCAAGACUGCGAAGUUUCGCGGGGAAAAACAACUCCAAGUCUAAGCAGGUCAUCAAGCAGCGACGUUCCAUCUCCGUCGGCACUGUUACGUCGGCUCGGGUGCGCCCAUGGUUUUGCACAGUGA